AUGACCACGAAUAUCGUCUCGGAAACGGUCCUCUACCCCGUCACCUUCUCCGCCUCGGGCCGCCCACUCACGACCCUCACCUACACGGCGCUCAAGUACGGCGCACCGGGCAGCAUUGAGACGGACGUCUAUACGCUCGUCAAUACGUUUAGCGGCGUGCCAGAAACGGCGACGGUUACGCUACCGCUUACGUUUGUAAGUGGGGGUGGGUAUGUGACGUUGGGUGCGGCUGCUGCUGGAAGUCCGACCACCGGCUCCAGUGCGCCAGCCACUACGAGCUCGACGGGGAGUAGUACGGCAAGUGCGACGAGUACUGCGCCGAGCAGUGCAGCCAUCUCUUCGCCUUCACGAGUGGGCAGUAGCUCUACACUGAGCUCAACAUCGAGCGCGAUAUUGACGAGCUCGUCUGCUCCUGCGGCUUCGCCCGCGCCUGUGAGCUCCAAUAGCUCUGGCGCACCUACUACGACCUCACCAAUACCGGCGCCGAGCUCUGCAUCUUCGACGUUCGCAACCUCGAGCUCUCCAGCAGGCGUAAGCUCAAGCUCAAGCUCAAGCUCAAGCUCAAGCUCAAGCGCUCCAGCAGCGUCUGCAUCUCCCACUGCGGCGGCCUCCCAUUCCUCCACCUCCUCCCUAUCCGGAGGCGCUAUCGCAGGUAUAGUGGUUGGCUCAGUUGCCGGCGUCGCUCUCCUCGCAGCCUUGGCCUUCUUCCUACUUCGCCGCGCCAGGACGCCACGAUCAAGGGUGAAGCAAGACGCGAAUGGUUUGACCUAUGAGAAGAACGGAACAAGGGUGCAAGAAGCACAGGGGCGGUAUGCGCCGGAGAGUGUGGGCGGAAGGCCUUAUGGAGAGAUGACUUGA